AUGCCCUCUACCUCUACCGACCCGCAUCCCGACGCGUCUCCCGCACAGAAUGGCCUGAAUCCUGCCCAGCAGCCCGACGCGCCCGCUGCCGCCCAUGGUAAAGACGCCGCCUCCGACGAGAACGCUGCCAUUCGCGAAGGAAAAUUGAAGGCCAAGGCGGUUCUCGCAGCACAGAUGGACGCGACUGCCGCGGAGAAGCAAGAAGGCCGCGCUGAGAUGGGCAUGUCCGCCCACGACGAGGGCGCCAAUGGCGCGUCGCCGAGUCGCAAACGGUCGCGCUCCGGCUCGCGCAAGCCAUCGCAUACGCCCACGCGCGAGGCCCCGAUGAACGAACAAAAACAGAAGGCGUUGCUGGAUCAGAUGAUCCAGCGUGACCUGAGAGGCGCGUCGUACGUGCUGGAGAAACGCGCACUCGGCAAGGUUGCCACAGACGAACUCAAAGAUGAGAUCAAGUACUACCAGGAAGUCCGCGCGCACAAUGCCGCACUUGUCUUCGGCCCUGGGUACAGGGGCUACGGCAAUGGCAUCACCGAACUCCCUCCCGCGCAAGGGUUCGCCCUUAAAUAUCCCGCCCACUGCAAACCCCCGGCAAAUCGUAGAGCAAGACGCUUGCCGCUGAAGAAAGACACUGUCGAGCUCCAAUCAGAUGUGGUCGAGGAACUGGUUCCCGUGCGCUUAGACAUUGAGCUGGAUAAGAUUAAGCUUCGAGAUACAUUCACAUGGAACUUGCACGACCGGUACACGACUUCAGAGCUGUUCGCCGAACACCUGGUUGAGGACUUCCGAGUGCCUCCCGAGAUACGGGAGCCCGUAAAGCAGCAGGUGAACCGCGAGAUCCAAGAGCAGAUCCAGGACUACUAUCCGCACGCCUUCUUCGACGAUGACGCGCUCGACCCAACGCUACCGUACGCUGCCUACAAGAACGACGAAAUGCGGAUACUGAUCAAGCUAAACAUUGCGAUUGGACAGCAUACGCUUGUAGACCAAUUCGAAUGGGAAAUCAAUAACCCGCACAAUUCUCCCGAGGAAUUUGCGAGACAGACUGCAGCUGACCUCUCGUUAUCUGGUGAAUUUACCACUGCUAUCGCACAUUCGAUACGAGAGCAGUGUCAAAUGUUCACUAAGAGCCUGUAUAUCACUGGUCAUCCAUUCGACGGGCGACCGGUUGAAGAUACGGAUAUCCGAGAUAAUUUCCUGCCUUCCCCGAUCCCCUCAGUCUUCCGACCAAUGCAGUCUGCCAAAGACUUCUCUCCAUACCUCUACGAACUGAGCGAGGCCGAGCUCGAGAGGGCCGAGCUUUCUAUCAUGCGCGAGCAAAGGCGGCAAAAACGGUCAGUAAAUCGACGUGGAGGACCAGCAUUGCCGGACCUCAAGGACAGACAGCGCACUGUUCGCACCCUCAUCGUUUCGUCCGUUCUUCCUGGAGCUGCCGAGACUAUCGACGACAGCCACCUGUUCAAGGCUGUAAGAAAGGCCAGGGAACGUCGCCGUGGCAUGGAUGAGGAUUCGGAUGAGUCGGAAAGUGACGACUCCGCGCCGGAGUCUCCUGCGCCGUCCAUGAUGAUGACCGGUGGAACGGCAAGAACUCGAGGCAUGCGUGGAGCGGCCACAGCAGCUCAAGCGGCGAUGCGCUCCGCCAUGGGACGAUCAAUGACGCCCGAGAUUUCUGCGCUGCAACAAAGCCAGCACGAGCUUAGAACAGCAAGGCAAUUGAGAUACGACGCUCGUGAUGAGAGUGUGGUGUCCGAGCCUGCCAGACUGAUCGUUAAGCUCAAAAUCUCACCGGCAAAAUUCAGGGAAUAUCUACGCAAUCCGAAGGCUUACCUGCAAAAGCCUGUAUCCACACCACUCAUGGCACAUACACCUACGCCUGCCCGCAGCACACCUGGCGCUAUUUCCAUGCCGCCCCCUCCGUCACCCGCGGUGCCACCUCGUAAUACUCCUGCGCCGACGGCUUCAUCAGUUGCGGUCUCCCCUCAGCCGCCCUCUACUCCCACACCAAACUCGCAGUCGCAGCCAAAGUGGAACUACCAUCCUGACGGUCGAGCAGACGCGCCUUGGCCGCAGGCGCAGGGAGCUCCAUCAGCUCCUCCUCCAUCAUGGCUUCAAGAAGCCCUUAAAGAAUUGAAGCAAAAGAACCCCGGCGAUCGUUUCGAAGCGGCCAUGCGAUAUACGAUUAUCGACCAGAACACCCUGCAAAGUGUCAAACCCGAUUCGUUUGCGGCAUCUGGCUCUCUGCCCCCAGGCCACAAGGCACAAUAUGUCCCUAGAAUCCGUUGCUUGGACUGCCCUGGCAAGCUGUACAAUUCUGGCCCCGAACAGACGGUCGGCAACUUUCAGACACAUCUCAACAACAAGCAGCACAAGCAGAAUGUGGAGAAGCGCAAUGCAGCAUAA